AUGGCUUUGCUAUGGAGCCUGAAUCGCGCGGAAGAAUCCGAGGUCAAGGGCAUUCAUGCGCGAGUCCGGUGGAUGGCACUGAAGACGCAUGGACCAACCAUCAGACGUGCACGUCACUACAACCGACUGGUUCCAGGUCGGAACAUGUGGCCGAGCGUUAUCCUGCUGGAUCACAACACUGUGCACUGUGUGUGCGACGUUGAUAGGGCGGAGUUCGAGCGUGGCGGCUGGACGAUUGCGCGCCUCACGAGCUACUGGAAUGACUUACGUGAAGUGCCAGGUCUCAAUUUUGCCGUCGAACCACUCGGAUUUGGCGUCAUCCCGCGGAACAUCACCUGGGUGAUGAAGCGCUUUUUCUGGGUAGCGCGGUGGGGAGGGACUUCGCCGGGCAGUAGGCACACUCACGACUUGAUCUUUGUCGCGUGGAACCAGUUCUCAUCCACGUGGACGUAG